AUGUUUGCGAGAGCUUUGGCACGCUUCAGGGGGCCAAAUCCUCUGAAUUUACUGGAACAACAAGGAAGAAGAACUAUCGCAACUGCAACGACAGUUAACGCAGAUGAAAUCGCACACUUUUCAAAACUUUCGGAGCAUUGGUGGGACGAGCAGGGAGAAUUCAAGAUGCUUCACAGAAUGAAUCCUGUCAGAGUGCAGUUUAUACGGGACAGAGUCGUACGGACUCGACAGGACGAAGGAAUGCCAGACGCUACGGACCUGCGAGGCUUGAACGCACUCGACAUUGGAUGUGGAGGAGGCUUGUUAUCCGAGAGUCUUGCACGUCUAGGAGCAAAUACUCUGGCUAUCGACGCUUCCGAGGCAAAUAUUCGAAUAGCGACAGCACAUUCAAGCCAAGAUCCUCUCUUCAACGCAUCGAGUUCAGUUGCACACAAAACACUGGCCUAUCGACACGCAACCUCACACGACUUGGUCGAGGAAGGAAAACAGUUUGAUUUAGUCUGCUCUCUAGAGGUUAUAGAGCACGUUGACAAUCCUGCCGGCUUCUUGGAGUCGUGUGCUGCUCUUGUCAAGCCAGGAGGCCAUCUCGUCCUGUCUACGAUUGCGCGUACACCAUUGGCCUACUUUAUGACCAUUUUCAUGGCCGAAAGGGUGCUUGGCAUUGUGACCCCGGGCACUCAUUCGUAUUCGAAGUAUGUCAAUGCCUCGGAGCUUCUCGAGUUUUUCCGCACAAGGAUCCCUUGGUUGCCAAAGGGUCCUGCGGAUCCUCCUAGUCAUCUUGCUGAGCUCAGGGGUAUGAUCUACUACCCGUUAUCCGGCAACUGGGGUUUACUGCCUCGUGGCGCGCCCUUGGCUCUCGACUGUAACUAUAUAUUUUGGUUGAGAAAGCCUGUAUAA